AUGGAAGGAAAUUUCUUCUUACAAGCAAUCACACCCUGUUCAAUUAAUGAGCUUCGUUCCAUUAAAGCCGAUAUUAUUAUUAAUGGCGUGAAAUAUAUGGCAGCUGGCGAUCGUGGAAAUAUGUUGCAUACAUUCCGCUGGGAUGACGAGAAAAAGGCAUAUUUCCCAGUCAAUGCUUUCCACGCACAUGGUGGCGCCGUUUCUGCCAUUACAUAUUUAGAGCCAUGCGACUGGGUUCCUGAAGGUGCCUUAUUUACUUCAUCUCAAGCCAAAACAAUCUGUGCAUGGGAUAAUUCGAUAUUUACAACACAAGUUUCCGAGCCUUCUCCUACUAUUACUCUAAUUGGACACGAAAACAACGUUUGUUUCUUAACAACAACAGAAAACCACGAAAUCAUCUCAUCAUCAUGGGAUGGAACUGCCCGCGUUUGGUCGAACGGUACGGAAAUCCUCAAGAUGUCACAAAAAGAUGGCGUUUGGGGCGUUGUUCCAGUUCCCAUCGGAUAUGCCGUCCUUGGAGCUGACAAAUCCAUUCGAAUCUACAACAAGCAAGGCGCACAGGUCUCAGUAACCACCGAUGCGCAUACAGAUGUUGUCCGCGCUGGUCUUUACAUCAAAGAUGUUGCAACAUUAGUUACAACAUCGAAUGACGGCACAAUCAGAGAAUGGUUUAUUGAAGAGGAUGGUCGUCUCACCAAUCUCGAGAUAAUUGCCGUAACAGAUACCUAUCUUUAUACGCUUACAUUAGUUGGAAAAUCUUAUGUUGUCGGAUGUGAAGACAAAUGCGCUUAUAUCGUUAGCUCAGACACCAAGACCGUCAGUGAUGUCAUUCCUGUCCCCGGAGUUGCAUGGUGUGUCUCUCCAGCUCCAAAUGGAGUUGCGAUUACCGCAACCGAUGGAGUUAUCUACACUUUUACGCAGGACAAAAAUUACAGAGCCGAUAAGGACACAGAAGAAGCUUACAUCAAUAAAGUGGCCGGACUUACUUUCAAUAAUCCCCAGAUCGACCAAUACGUCUUAGAAGAGCUCCCUCCUUAUUCCGAGGUUAACAGUCGAGAGGUUGUACCUGGAAGGUUCGAACUCAUGAGGGAUGGAGAGGAAAAGAUACUUGUUGUCUACAAUCAAACAUAUGGCUGGAUGAAAGUCGGUACUUACUCAAAAUCUAAGGGCGCACAAGCUCAGAAAUAUACAGGACCUGAUGGAAAACAAUACGAUUACUGCUUUACUAUCGAUGUUGAAGAUCUCGGAGGUCAAUAUCCUCUUUACAUGAAUUACAACACAAAUCCGUAUACAGCAGCAUCGAAUUUCAUCAGAGAACAUAACCUUAGGACCUUCUACAUGGACCAAAUCGCGAAUUUCAUUAUUCGAAAUCUGAAAGGUACGAAUUUACAGAUGCAAUCGUCAUCGGAAAGGGCCCCUGAGCCAGAACCAGAGCCUCCGAAAUCAUCGAUGUUCCCAUCAGAGCCAAAUUACAUUUCCGGAGGAAAUCCAGAAGUAAUUGUCAACAAACUUGCACAAAUCGCCGAGAAAUCCAACUUAGAGUUCUCUCCAGAAGACAAAGCCAUACUUUCCAGCCCUCUUUCCGACAAUUGGGCUGCAUCUGCCUCAUCAAUUUUACUUAUUUGGGAUGUAGGUGAUGCAUGGCCGCUCCUUGAUAUGUUCAGAGAACUUAUAUUGCAUUCCGAUAGCCGCAAGUACCUCCAGGAUGAUUUUGUCGCUACAAUUGUUGACAGAUUCGCUUCUGCAGGAAAUGACCUUACAGAUUACGGAGUUAUGGGUCUUAUGAGAAUUAUCUCCAAUCUACAGAAGAAUUACGCUUCUUGCGCAUUAAAUAAGAUGAAGAUUCUCCAUAUCUUCGACGGUUUCGUUGAAAGAUUGAAAUCUCUUCCAAAGAUAUCACAGAUUCCAUUUGCCAAUGCUAUGAUGAACUAUUCUCUCUACGGACUCGCCAAACUCGAUGACCAGAAGUCAUUUGUUUUGACAUUGCAAAAAGCACUUGAAUUCUCUCAGUUAAUUGACGACGAAACUCUCUACAGACUUCUCAUGGCUGUCGGAAACACUGCUGCAAAGUAUCCUCAGACAAGACAGCUCUUCCUCAAUAGACCAGAGCUUUUGGAGACUGAAGGAAAGUCAGAGAGAUGCAGCACUUUGAUCAGUGAAAUUGUUAAGAUUCUUCAAUAA